AUGCGCUCCAUUGGUCUUCUCGGCCUCGUUGCCGUCGCGCAAGCUGCCUGUCCUUAUAUGACUGGCGAACUCACUCGGCGUGAUGACUUCGAUGCCUCAGAAUCCACUGAGAGAUUUCUCUCCCACUACUAUCUCAAUGACAAUAACACCUACCUGACGAGUGACGUGGGUGGUCCCAUUGAAGACCAAAACAGCCUCAGCGUCGGCGAGCGCGGGCCAACUUUGCUCGAAGACUUUAUCUUCCGCCAGAAGAUCCAACGCUUCGACCAUGAACGAGUUCCCGAACGUGCUGUCCACGCUCGCGGAGCAGGUGCCCAUGGUGUAUUUAUCUCUUACGGAGACUACUCGAACCUCACAGCCGCCUCGUUUCUCUCCGAGAAGGGAAAGGAGACUCCUGUGUUUGUACGCUUCUCUACUGUCGCCGGUAGUCGUGGUAGUUCAGACUUGGCUCGUGACGUACAUGGCUUCGCAACCCGUUUCUAUACUGAUGAGGGCAAUUUUGAUAUUGUUGGCAACAACAUCCCGGUCUUUUUUAUACAGGAUGCCAUCCAAUUUCCUGAUCUGAUUCAUGCUGUCAAACCCCGCGGCGACAACGAAAUUCCCCAGGCUGCCACAGCACAUGACUCCGCCUGGGACUUCUUCAGUCAGCAGCCUAGCUCUCUCCAUACUCUCUUUUGGGCAAUGUCCGGGCAUGGUAUUCUACGAUCAUUCCGAUUCACCGAUGGGUUUGGCGUCCACACCUUCCGCCUUGUUACGGACAGUGGUGCCACCAAGCUGGUAAAGUUCCACUGGAAAACGUUGCAGGGUAAGGCUAGCCUGGUCUGGGAGGAAGCGCAGCAGGUAUCGGGUAAGAAUCCCGACUUCCUGCGCCAGGAUCUGUUCGGGGCUAUCGAGGCAGGCCGAUAUCCCGAGUGGGAGCUUGGUGUGCAAAUCAUGGAUGAAGCCGACCAGCUGCGUUUUGGCUUUGACCUGCUUGAUCCAACCAAGAUCGUCCCAGAGGAGUAUGUUCCUAUAACAAAGCUGGGCAAAAUGACUCUCAACCGCAACCCUCGCAAUUACUUUGCCGAGACUGAGCAAGUGAUGUUUCAACCUGGUCACAUCAUUCGUGGUGUCGACUUUACCGAUGAUCCUCUUCUCCAAGGACGUCUCUUCUCCUACCUUGACACGCAGCUGAAUCGGCACCGCGGUCCCAACUUUGAGCAGCUACCCAUCAACCAGCCUCGUGUACCUGUUCAUAACAACAACCGCGAUGGCGCAGGCCAAAUGUUCAUUCCUCUGAAUCCCAAUGCUUACAGUCCCAACACCCUCAACAGCGGCUCUCCUAAGCAAGCGAACCAGACCGUGGGCAAUGGAUUCUUCACCGCCCCCAAACGGGUUGCCAGCGGGAACUAUCUUCGCAGCACGUCUCCUACUUUCUCUGAUGUGUGGUCUCAGCCUCGUCUCUUUUAUAAUUCCCUCUCGGCCGCCGAGCAGCAAUUUGUGAUUGAUGCAAUCCGCUUCGAGAAUGCCAAUGUGCAAAGCUCCGUUGUUCGAGAGAACGUCAUCAUCCAGCUCAACCGCAUCUCCAACGAUAUCGCCCGUCGUGUGGCCCGGGCCAUUGGUGUGAACCCUCCUGCACCUGACCCAACAUACUACCACACCAACACCACGGCCGGGGUGGGCAGCUUCGGUACCCCAUUGAAGAAGUUGGAUGGUCUCAAAGUUGGCUACCUUGCAACUGUCCAGAACUCUUCCUCUAUUACUGCUGCCAAAGCUCUCGCCGAUGCUCUUUCGAAGAAGAAUGUUGAUGUGGUAGUUGUGGCCGAGCGUCUCGCCAGUGGCGUCAGCCAGACAUACUCCGCUUCCGAUGCGAUUCAGUUUGAUGCUCUGGUAAUUGCCCCGGGAGCAGAGAUCUUGUUUGCAGCUACCUCUUUAACUGCUCCUCAAGGCAACGCCACGACAUUGUAUCCGGCAGGUCGUCCACUGCAGAUUCUCGUUGACGGGUUCCGAUUUGGCAAGCCCGUCAGCGCGCUGGGAAGUGGCUCCGAAGCCUUGAAGAGCGCAAGCAUUGCCUCUUCGAGAGACGGAGUCUAUGUGGCGGAUAGCGCCUCGAAUUUGUUUGCUGACCAGCUUACGGAGGGGCUGAGGACGUUCAAGUUCUUGGAUCGGUUCGCUGUUGAUAAUUAG